CGCCUCCGGAGAGAGAAGGAGGCGAAAGCCCGCGGCGCCACGGGACAAGCAGCCGCAGCCUCGGCUAAAAGGGAGAGCGAGCGGGAGGCGGGCGAGCCAUGGCGGGGUGGAUAGGAUGCGCCGUCUCUGGGCGCUGCUUCCUCGCUCCUCUCCUCUUGCUGGCUUCUUGCUUCGGGCCCGGAACUGCAGCCAACACCCAGGGGCUGGGCGCCGCACUCGGGACCCCACAGGUGGCCAUGUUCUGUGGGAAACUGGUCCUGCAUCUCAAUGUCCAGACAGGGCGUUGGGAGCCCGAUGCUUUUGGCACCCACACUUGCUUCCGCACCACAAAGGAGAUCCGGAGCUACUGCCAGGAGGUGUAUCCCGAGUUGCAGAUCACCAAUGCCGUGGAGGGCACCCAGCCGGUCACCAUCGACAACUGGUGCAAGAAGGGGCUGCCCAAAUGCAAAGGCCACCAGCACAUUGUGGUGCCCUAUCAGUGUUUGGUAGGUGAAUUUGUGAGCGAAGCCCUCCUUGUACCCGACAAGUGCAAAUUCCUGCACCAAGAAAAGAUGGAUUCAUGCGAGACCUACUUGUAUUGGCACAGCGUGGCCAAAGAGGCCUGCAACGGGGAGGAGCUGGAGCUUCACAGCUAUGGCAUGCUGUUGCCCUGUGGGGCUGACCGUUUCCGUGGGGUCGAAUACGUGUGCUGUCCUUCACGCCCUUCAGCCCUCAGGUUGGAGCAAGCCACCGAGGCCCCCCAGGCCCUCGCCCAUCUGAGAGAGGAGGCCCUGCACAGCAACAGGGUUCCAACAGGGCGUAUUCCAACAGAGGAAGAGAGCCUGGAGAUGGAGGAGGAAGGGGACCUGGAUGAAGAGGAAGAGAUGGACGAGGAGGAAGAGGAAGAGAGCCCUGGAGAUAGCUCCCCUGAUCCUGACCCUUUCCCCGCUGCCUGGGAUGACUAUUUUGUGGAGCCGGGUUACUAUGAUGACAGCAUCACCCAGACCACCAUCACCACCACAACGCAGACCACCGAAGAGGAUGUCAAAGUGACCCCAACCCCUCGCCCCACCGAUGGAGUGGACGUUUAUUUUGAGAUGCCCGGAGAUGGCAAUGAACACGCCAACUUCCUGCGUGCCAAGAUGGACUUGGAGGAGCGUCGCAUGAGGCAGAUCAAUGAGGUGAUGAAGGAGUGGGCCGAGGCCGACAACCAAGCCAAAAACUUGCCCAAGACGGACCGGCAGGCGCUCAAUGAGCACUUUCAGUCCAUCCUUCAGACGCUGGAGGAGCAGGUGUCUCGGGAGCGGCAGCGACUGGUAGAGACUCAUCUGGCCCGCGUAGUGGCCCUGCUCAAUGAUAAUCGCCGGGCGGCACUGGAGAGCUACCUGACUGCUGUACAGACUGAUAAUCCCCAGCCGGACCGCGUCCUUUUGGUGCUGAAGAGGUACGUGAGGGCAGAACAGAAGGACCAGCGUCACACCCUCCGCCAUUAUCAGCACGUGGCCGCCGCUGAUCCUGAGAAGGCUGAGCAGAUGAAGUUCCAGGUCUACACCCACCUACAUGUCAUUGAAGAAAGGAUGAACCAGAGUCUGGCGUUGCUCUACAAGAACCCCCAGCUUGCCCAAGAGCUUCGAGGAGAGAUUGAGGAGCUGCUGCGAUCCGAACGGGUAACCACCAAUGACCUGCUCACCACCUCCAUCUCAGAAACCCGCACUACUGAGGAGUUCCUGCCCAUGGACAGUAGUGAGGACUUAGUUUCUGAGAGCCAUUCUUACCCCCAUGAUGGAGAAGAUUCUGAACAAGCUGAGAAGAAAGCUUCAGGGCUGGCAGAAUACGACUACCCGACCAGUGACAAGGCCUUGCUGUAUGAGUAUGAACGUAAGGUCAACGUGUCCGCUUCAGACGUCAAAGGCAUGGUGUACAAGUCCCAAGAGAUCCAGCGUGACGAGUUGGAAGCAAAUACAAGUCUGCAAAAGAUGAAGGAAGGAAGCAAUCAGCAGGCUCUAAUGAAAUUCAAGCCAGCCUCUUUACAACCAAAGGGAACUGUGCUUAAGAAAAAAGAAAAAGAAAUAAAACCAACCCCCCACUCCUUGUGGCAAUUGCAAAAGAGGAGUAUUUCCAUUAAAAAAAACACCAGCACUGAAUGGAAAAACCAAUGACAAAAAAUAAGAACAUCAAUUGACUAUUAUAAGGAACCAAAGACUUCUUGUGACUGCCAAGCGUUCCAGAUUCAGGCAUAGUGCAAAGGUGGUUCAUGCCCAUGUUCAAUUUGAUGGACAUGUGUUACAAAUGGAUACAAUGUGAGUCCAUCCAAAAUCAUACCUGCCCCAGAUCACAAACUGAGGACCAAACUAGAAGUGGCAUUUGUCACCUAAUCCAAGCUUCUUUUUCGUUUUUAAGAAUAAUCAGUAGCUGAGAGCAGGAUGUUCUGGAUCAUGGGGACCACGCACCUGCUAUUUCCAAUAUCUAUUUCCAGUUCUAUCUAUUUGGAAUAUAUUUGCAAAUAGCAGACAUAGCCCAGACUGGAACUGUUGAGGGGGGGAAAGGUAAUGCCCCCUAUCUUCCACCUCUGUUUGGGGGCCCCAUGCUGAGUACUGGGGGGGGGAACCCUGCACAUUGGGGCUUACCAUGACAAACCUUACAUCUAGUUUGACUCUGAACUGUGUGAAGUGCUGUUCAUUUCCCCCCUCAUUUAUUUAUUUAUUUUUAAAGUGGGCAUCUAAGGCUGCCUGCCUCUUUCCCUCUCUGUUGAGGCCUUUCAGUGGUUCAAAACAACUCUGUGGUCUGAUGAUGCUUAGGUGUGAGAUUUAUUUAUUUAUUAAAUGUAUAUGUCACCCUUCCUCCCAGAAGGAGCCCAGAGCUGCAAACAAAGACUCUAAAUGCACUUUAAAAACAUCUUAAAAAUGUAUGAGAUAAGAACGUAUGCAG